CUCCUCGGGAUCUGUCCAGCGUUCAGGACUCCCAGUCUCAGUUCACCACGGGCACGUGGCGCAGACAUCGGCCGCUAUAAAGGCUAGUACCCUCAUCAGCCUCGCCCCGUGCGGGUGCGGCCAUCAGACGGCAGCAGCACCAGGCCGCCGGCCGCCUUCGUUUUCCUCGGCUCCGCUCCACUCCACCGACGGCGGCGCCCGGAGCUCCCCAUGACGACGGUGAGCCACCUGGAUCUCGAGGCCGGCUGGCCCGGCCCCGGCCCCGGCCGCGGCGGCGGCGGCGGUCCGCCCGAAUAUGAGCAGGCGGAGGUCGGCAAUUUUCGCAAAGAUCUAGCCCUUGCUUACAAGACUCUCGGCGUUGUGUUUGGUGGCCUCGUCACGUCCCCCCUCUACGUUUACCCCUCAAUGAACUUGUCAUCUCCUACAAAAGAUGACUACAUGGGGUUAUACAGCAUAAUGUUUUGGACUCUUACUUUGAUUGGUGUGGUCAAGUAUGUAGGCAUAGCACUUAAUGCCGACGAUCAUGGUGAAGGAGGUACAUUUGCCAUGUACUCUCUGUUGUGUAGGCAUGCUGAUAUAGGCAUACUUCCUUCCAAAAAAGUUUAUUCGGAAGAAGAGCCUCUACUUCAGAAUCAGUCUGCAAGAGCUGGAAGGCCUAGCUGGCUGGGGAAGUUCUUUGAGCGAAGCAUAACAGCCAGAAGAGCACUGCUGUUCAUGGCAAUACUGGGAAUGUGCAUGCUCAUUGGGGAUGGCAUACUCACUCCUGCUAUUUCAGUAUUAUCAGCAAUUCAAGGGCUAAGAGGGCCAUUUCCUUCUGUCAGCAACGCUGUAGUCGAAGUUCUGUCUGCUGUGAUCCUUAUCGGCUUAUUCUUACUGCAAAAGUAUGGAACCUCAAAAGUGAGCUUUCUGUUUUCACCGAUCAUGGCAGCAUGGACUUUCACCACUCCAAUUAUCGGCUUGUAUAGCAUUGUUCAUUACUAUCCCGGCAUCUUCAAAGCCAUCUCACCUCAUUAUAUUGUUCGCUUCUUCCUGAGAAAUAAAAAGGAAGGGUGGCGCAUGCUCGGUGGAACUGUUCUAUGCAUCACCGGUGCUGAAGCUAUGUUUGCAGAUCUUGGCCACUUCAGUAAGAAGAGUAUUCAGAUAGCAUUUCUGUCUAGCAUAUAUCCUUCUCUGAUCCUCACAUAUGCUGGGCAAACAGCGUACCUCAUCAACAAUGUUAACGACUUCAGUGACGGAUUCUACAAAUUUGUCCCUCGCCCUGUUUACUGGCCCAUGUUCAUCAUCGCAACGCUGGCAGCAAUCGUCGCAAGCCAAUCCUUAAUAUCUGCAACAUUUUCAGUCAUCAAGCAAUCCGUUGUCCUGGACUACUUCCCACGCGUCAAGGUGGUGCACACGUCUCAGCAUAAAGAAGGGGAGGUUUACUCCCCAGAAACCAAUUACAUCCUCAUGGUACUAUGCGUCAGUGUCAUACUAGGCUUUGGUGCUGGAAAUGCGAUCGGGAACGCAUUCGGUGUUGUGGUCAUCAUGGUCAUGCUCAUAACCACAAUCAUGCUCACCCUGGUGAUGAUCAUUAUAUGGAGAACACCACCUGUUCUUGUGGCGCUUUACUUCGUGCCUUUCUUCAUCAUGGAAGGAUCUUAUGUCAGUGCAGUCUUCACCAAGAUCCCUGAAGGCGGGUGGCUCCCCUUUGCAGUGUCCAUCAUCCUGGCACUGGUCAUGUUCGGCUGGUAUUACGGCAGGCAACGGAAGAUGGAGUACGAGAUGGCGAACAAGGUGACCGUGGAGCGCCUCACCGAGCUCCUUGCGAGGCCGGAGGUGCAGAGGGUCCCCGGGCUUUGCUUCUUCUACAGCAACAUUCAGGACGGGCUCACUCCAAUCCUCGGCCACUACAUCAAGAACAUGAGCUCGCUGCACGCGGUCACGGUCUUCGUCACCCUGCGAUACCUGUUGGUGGCCAAGGUGGACGAGCGGGAGAGGAUCCUCGUCAGGAGGCUGGGGCCGAACGGGGUGUACGGCUGCACUGUCCAGUACGGGUACGCCGACAGCCUCGGCAACGGCGACCUCGCCGCGCAGGUCACGAGCUCCCUGCGGCGGCACUUUGAGACGACGACGGAGGCGGGGGAGGAGGAGGCCGCGAGUCUGGAGGCGGCGAGGAUGACCGGCGUGGUGCACGUUCGGGGUAAGAUGAGGUUCUACGUGGGCGACGACGCCGGGUGGUUCGACAAGGUCAUGCUCGGGUUCUACGAGUUCCUGCACGGCAUCUGUCGCUCCGCGCUGCCGGCGCUGGGGACGCCGCUGCAACAGCGAGUCGAGAUCGGCAUGCUGUACAAGGUUUGAUCCAUCAGGUUGUCAGUGCUCAACGAUCAAAUGGCCGGGCAAGAACCAGUAUAUACGAAACAUCAAAAUAUAUAAGGCAAUGAGUAUACCCGUGGCGUGUCAACUGUCAUAGUGAUAUGAUAGUGUGCAAGAAAUUCGCAUGCAUGAAGAGAACCUAGUAAAAGCUGCAAAUGAAGGUGAAAAUUAAUUUUGCCAGUGUUUGUAUGGCGUGGCAUGGUAAUUGAUGGUACAGAACCUUGUUUACCUUUUUCAGUGGUACAAGUUUGCCAUGGUUUGUCUGCUCCGCAGCAGUACUUUUUGGUUGCCUUAUUCAAAAUAGAACAGUGGCAUGCAAAAAGGUGUCAUGAGGACAAUUUACAUAGUACAA